AUGGAGUGGGGGGGAUAUGUUUAUGGGGGUUUAUGGGGGUUGAUUGGGGGUAUGGGUUGGUUAGAGUUGUAUGGGUGGUUUGGUGGUUUGGGGUGGGAGUGGGGUGGGUGUGGGAUGAUUUUGGGUAUGGGAUUGGGAGUGUAUUGGUUAUGGGGGGUGGCUGGGGGUGGCUGGGUGAAUGGGUGUAGGAAGGGGUUAUGGGUGUGGAUGGGGGUGUAUGGGGUGUAUGGGGUGGAUGGGGGGAUGGGGUGGCAGGGCGGGUAUGGGGGUGGAUGGGGUGUGGAUGGGGGGUAUGGGGUGGUUGGGGGUGGAUGGGGGAUGGGGUGUAUGGGGGGUUAUGGGGGUGUAUGGGGGUUGGUAGUGGGGGGUUAUGGGUUGUAUGGGGGUGUAUGGGGGUGUAUGGGUUUUUGGGUUGGGUAUGCAGGGCCCCUGCUGAAGCCUGGGCUCCUCCUCGCCGCCACUCACUCAGGCCUGGGCCCCUCAGAGGAGACGUCCCAGCUGCUGGAGCUGUGCUCGUGGCUCUGCUCCAGGCUGAAGGAGCCGUGUGGUCUGGAGGAGAGCGUCUCGUUCCUCUCUGGUGAGAGCAGCCUCUACACACUGUCCUCUACACACUGUCCUCUACACACUGACGAAAAGGGACACGCUACGGUUGGUAUGGGGGACUGUACAUGUGACGGAGGGGGCGAGAAACUGAGGACAGGCAGAUCCAAGAUGGCGGCUAUAGAGCGGAUGAACGUGAGGCACUUUUUGGAGGUCGUGGGGAUGUGA